GAUUUCUCUUAUUCCUCUCUUGGAAGCAACAAGUGACAAAGAAGCAAAGCAACACGCAGGGAGGUCAACCAUAACCUCGGCUCACAUUCUGUUGCUGCGUUCUUACACGCUUACAAUAGGGACCCAUCCGGUCUUGGUAGCCGCGCUCGUCUACAGGUCGGCAUGGACGCCGCCGCGAGGGACGCGCAGGGUGGUCUAGAAUGGCGGGUGACCGUGCCGGAGGGCGCCACGGUGAAGGUGGAGCACGAGCAUGGUGCGGUCGCGAGGGCGUGGGCGUGGCUGCUCGCUUGCAUGGUCAUGGUGCGGAGCACGGUGGCUGGGUUUGCGAAGAGAGUGUGGAAGAUCGCCGUGGACGAUCCCCGGAAGGCGGUGCACGGCCUCAAGGUCGGCCUCGCGCUCGCGCUGGUCUCCGUCGUCUUCUACACCAGGCCCCUGUACGAUGGCGUCGGUGGGGCUGCUGCCAUAUGGGCUAUCAUGACGGUCGUCGUCGUCUUCGAGUACACUGUUGGUGGCAGCGUGUACAAGUGUUUCAACAGAGCCGUGGCGACGGCGAGCGCCGGUGUUCUCGCGCUCGGCGUGCACUGGGUGGCGAGCAAAACCGGCGAGCUCGAGCCGGUCAUCCUCAGUGGCUCCCUCUUUCUGCUGGCUGCGGCGGCCACCUUCUCGCGGUUCAUACCGACGGUGAAGGCGCGGUUCGACUACGGCGUGACCAUCUUCAUCUUGACGUACAGCCUUGUGGCCGUGUCGGGGUACCGCGUCGACGAGCUGGCCGCGCUGGCGCAGCAGCGGCUCUCCACCAUCGCCAUCGGCAUCUUCAUCUGCCUCGCCGUCUGCGUGCUCAUCUGUCCCGUGUGGGCCGGCCAGGAGCUGCACCUCCUCACCACGCGCAACAUGGAGAAGCUCGCGGCCGCCGUCGAGGGUUGCGUCGAGGACUACUUUGCCGAGGAGCCGGCGAGACCCGCGCAGGUCAAGUCUGACGGGUACAAGUGCGUGCUCAACUCCAAGGCGUCGGAGGACGCGCAGGCCAACCUGGCGCGGUGGGAGCCCGCGCACGGCCAGUUCGGCUUCCGCCACCCCUACAGCCAUUACGCCAAGAUCGGCGCCGCCAUGCGCGGCUGCGCGUACUGCGUGGAGGCCCUGAACAGCUGCGUCGGCGCCGAGGUGCAGGCGCCCGAGCACGUCAAGCGGCUACUCUGCGACGUGUGCACGAGGGUCGGCACGCAGUGUGCGCGUGUGCUCAGGGAGGCGUCGAGUUCCGUCGCGACGAUGGUGUCCUCCAAAACACUGGACUUUGCCGUGGCGGACAUGAACACGGCGGUGCACGAGCUCCAAGGUGAAAUGAGAACCCUCCCGUCCAUGCUGACCGUGAAGCUCGCAGAGACUACGUCCCUGAUGGACACGAUGCCCCUCUUCACCGUGGCGUCGCUGCUGGUAGAGAUAUCCGCGAGGAUCGAUGGCGUCAUUGACGCCGCCGACGCGCUGGCGACCCUUGCGAACUUCAAGCAGGUCGACAACGAUGAUGACGAUAAAAAGAGAGAAACCGAGAUGAAAGUGCACCCAUUGAACGAAUCGGACACCGACGACGAGGCGUCACCGGAGAACCAAAUCACGAAGGUUUAAACAUCAAACCUCGAUCUCGAAACCAGGACGGAUCAGACCCGGCAAAUUUGACAAAUUUUACCCUGGUUACACCAUUGCAUUUGUAUGACAUAAUCUUACAAUCAAAGCUUUGAUUAUUUUCCGAGGAGGAGCUCACAGCUUCAGAUCCACGGCUUUACAGGGGAAUAAGACCGGCCUGCUUACCGCAGCAUUGGGUGUCAUCAUAUUGUAGCGGUACAUAGUUUAACAAAGCUAGCAUUGUUCGACAAACACAGAUCGUGCAUAUAGGCAAGCAAAACGACGGCACGACGUACCAGUUGUGCACUUGUACCAUACGGGGAAAGAAGGCGCAAAUGCGCAAAGUAAUCAGGUCACCAACUUUACAGUGCAGGCUAUAAACAUUGCCCUCUCUUGCACAUUGUUGCAUUACAGCAGCGCCACGCACUAGGGGACUUGUGCGCAUUGCAUCAUCACGUUACUAUUGUUCGCAGAUUGCGGAGAGGACCCGUAUGGAAUGAAAAAGGUAACCCUGUCCGUCUGAAUCUGACGGCGGCGUGCUGCAGCCCAUUAUUUAGUCCAGGAGCACAGAAAGCAGUCUCUACUACUUGACAGGAUUCAGAAGAAGGUGGAUGGACUCGGCCCAGCUCCUAGUGGAGUACAAAACUUCUGCACUGAAGAAACAGGUAGAUGAUGAUGAUCCAUGCAUAUCUGAAACAGGAGGGGGGAGGUAUAGUUGACGGACCACUAGGCACUAACUAAACUCGAUCAGUUUGAUCU